AGCGCGAGCAGGGACACCGCGAGGCUCCAAUCGCCGCGCUUGGAGGGCAGUCCCGCGUUCUCUGUCCCUCCGGGCGCCACGAUGGACUCCGAGGGCUUUGGUUGGCGCAAGCCGUGGGAGGAUUACCGCGGCGGUGGCGGUGGGACAGCGCGCUCCGUUCGGGUCAGCUUCUCCUCGCCGGUGCCGCGGCGCUCGGCUCGCCUCUCGGCCUCCGCUCUCGGCCCCUUGACUGACCCCCUGGAACGCCUGGACCUGGCGCAGGUGAGCAACCUGAACGCGGAGUUGCUGGGGCUGCGCGCCCAGGAGAAGGAGCAGCUGGUGGACCUCAACGACCGCUUCGCCAGCUACGUCGAGCGGGUGCGGGACCUGGAGCACCGGAACCGGGCGCUGCUGUUGGAGCUGGAGGCGCUGCGGCGGCAGCAGCGGGCUCCAGCGCGGCUGCCGCAGCUCUACCAACAAGAAGCGCGCGCCCUGAGGGCCCUGCUGGACGCCGAGGCCGGCGACAAGGCGCGCCUGGAGGCAGAGCGCGAUCGCCUGCGCCUCACCUGCGGCCAGCUCCGCGAGCGCUGCGCUCAGGAGGCGCGCCGGCGCCUGGACGCCGAGGAGACGCUGAGCCGCGUGCGGGAAGAGGCCGCCCGGGCCGCGCUGGCCACCUGCGACGCUGACGGGGCGGCCAGCUCCCUGCGAGCCGAGCUGGCCUUCCUGCAAAAGCUCCUGGACGAGGAGCGGGCUGAGCUGGUGGCCCAAGCCGAGCUGGCCGCGGCCACCCGGGUGGCAGUGGAAGGAGCCCCGGAGGCGGCGGCAGCUCGGCCCGACCUCUCCGCCGCGCUGCGCGACAUCCGCUCCCAGUACGAGAGCCUGGCGGCGAAGAACAGGCAGGCGGCGGAGGAGUGGUACCGCUCCAAGUUCGCCUCCGUGGCCGAGCUGGCCAGCCGCAACCAGGAGGCCGUGCGCAGCAUCCGCCAGGAGACCGUCGAGUACCGGCGACUGCUGCAGACCCGCUCGGCGGAGAUCGAGACCCUGCGCGGCGCCAUCGACUCCCUCCACAAGCAGCUGGAGAGCCUGGAGGGCCAGCAGGGAGCCGAGGUGGCCCGCUGCCAGGAGAGAGUGUCAGAACUGGAGCAGGAGAUCUCGGAAGCCAAGAAAGAAAUGGCUCGCUACAUGCGUGAAUACCAGGAGCUGCUGAACGUCAAGAUGGCCCUGGACAUAGAGAUCGCUGCCUACAAGAAACUGCUGGAAGGGGAGGAGAUGUGGUUGACCUCUUCUUCCUCCUUGCCACCCCUGAUGAAGUGACAGAUGGUUCUGUCGGGAGCAAAGGAACCUCCUCCUCCUCGUCCCUGCCCCUUGAACCUCCCUGUUUCCCCAUAAAGUUGCUUGCGCCCUCAGUGGGUGGGCUGGUGCCCAGCUGGCCUUGGAACUGGGUGUCCCCCAUGGCUCUAGGGAGGGUGGAGGAGCCGGUUCCCCAGGCCAGCCUCACCCCCUGCUCAUCCAGCUCUGCUCUUUUAGUCUGCCAUGAGAUGCCACUGUGUGUGCGCGCGCGCGUGUGUGACCCUCCUGGUUCCAGUGGCAGCCCCUUCCCCUGCAUUGAAAGACCUGCAUUGGCUCCCAGUACAUUUCCGAGCACAAGUCAAAGUGUUGGUGUUGACCUUUAAAGCCCUAAACAGCCUCGGCCCAGUAUACCUGAAGGAGCAUCUCCUCGCCCAUCGUUCUGCCCGGACACUGAGGUCCAGCUCCAAAGACCUCCUGGCGGUUCCCUCACUGCGAGAAGCAAAGCUACAGGGAACCAGGCAGAGGGCCUUCUCGGUGGUGGCACCCACCCUGUGGAACGCCCUCCCAUCAGAUGUCAAAGAGAUAAUUAACUACCUGACAUUUAGAAGACAUCUGAAGGCAGCCCUCUUUAGGGAAGUUUUUAAUGUGUGUCAUUUUAAUGUAUUUUAAAUUUUUGUUGGAAGCCGCCCAGAGUGGCUGGGAAAACCCAGCCAGGUGAGCGGGGUACAAAUAAUAAAUUAUUAUUAUUAUUAUUAUUGUUAUUAUUAUUAUAUAGUGAGACUGCCCCCCUGCUUCUUAACCCCCUCACUGCCCUCAUCUUUGGAGGAAAAUAAGCAGCCUUGCAACCUGAAAUUGGGUGCAUGGCGGAGGGGUUUUUAUUUUUUGUACUACUUAAUUAAUGUGUUUUCAGCAAGGUCUGGGCUAAUUGGGACGCAUAGUGGGGGGCGGCUGUGCCAGGGUGGUGGCUGCCUCCUUGCAUUAGCUGGGCAAAGGGGUCUCUGGAAGGGGAAGGGGCUGCACUGCUUCUCCCACUUUGAGGGCUGCAUGGCUCCCUUCCUCCCCCCCCACAGUGCCUGUGGGUGGAGUCAAUGUGGACGCCUGCGGAGGGGAAGCUGAUGCUGUCCCCAGGGGGACUGUGGAACAGGGUGCAGAAUUGGGACUGGGGGAGCCUAGCAGGGCUUCCAGGGAAAGAAGGGCAUUUAAUUAUUUGGAAUAUUUCAUAUGUGAAAUAUAGAGUUGAGGGUGGAGUAGUGCCCCCCCCCCUGUUAGCCAAGGCCUCAAUCCAGGCCAGCUCUUUGGUCCGAAAGGCUCUCAGAACUGCUCAUAAAUCAGUAAACAAAACAAACAAAAAACCCCAAGACAGUCUCUCCCUGUCCUCAGGUUUAUAAUAUAAAAGACAACACAAAAGGAAGAGGGGAAGAGGAGGGGAGAGGACAGAAACACAAAGUUUUCAUUUUGCAGAAUGUGUAAAAUGCAGGGGUCGGCAAGGUUUACCUUGCCUGGGCCGGCUCACUCCAGCGGAGAUCCCUCCGUGGGCGGGAUCGUGUGCACAUGAGCACCCGUGCCCACGAUAUCCUGCGCCUGUGCAGACGCGAUUUCUGGCACCUGUGCAGACGCGAUUUUCAGCGAGUUGCUGCGCUGCACCAGGGGACUCACCAAGUGGGGGGCUUGGUUUGGGGGCGGCUCAUGGUCCAGUUAAGAUUGUUCUUAAGAGGGAACCCCCACCUUUAAAAAGUGUUUUUAAUGCUGCGUAUUCAGCAGAAUCAUGCCCUUCCUCAGACUGGGAGCCAAAGUUUUGAGAAAAGGGAGUUUUCAACACUUGCUGUUCUUUGUUGGAACAGCUUUGUUGGAAGCAGCUGCUCCUACCCCUGAAUAUGUGCAUGGUGCAGAUAUAGGGCGGUACGGUAUAUAAAUUCAAUAAAUAAUACCGUAUAGUGGUACCUCGGUUUAUGAACACAAUUGGUUCCGGAAGUCUGUUCAUUAACUGAAGCGUUCAUAAACUGAAGCGAACUUUCCCAUUGAAAGUAAUGGAAAGUGGAUUAAUCCAUUCCAGAUGGGUCCGCGGAGUACUCAACCUGAAGCGUACUUAACCCGAAGCAUGGGUGUAAUUGGUUCCGGAAGUCUGUUCAUAAACUGAAGUGAACUUUCCCAUUGAAAGUAAUGGAAAGUGAAUUAAUCCGUUCCAGAUGGGUCCGCGGCGUUUGUAAACCGAAAAUUCGUAAACCGAGGUGUUCAUAAACCGAGGUUCCACUGUAAUAAUAUCCUGGGGUUUCCCUUCCUCUCCCCUCUCCCAAACUUGGAAUGAACAAUACCCCCUCUGCCCAGUUCUCCUUCAAGAUCAACGGGGGUGGGGUGACCCCAUUACCCCCUCCCCUGCUCAAGCACUGUGCCCUGGGAAACCAGAGCCUCAAAUAUACACACGCACCCUGGCCCCCUCCGGAUACUGGGGGGUGAAACUGCACGCAAUGACCCCCCACAGCCCCCUCCCAGGCAAUGCAGCCGGGGCUGAGGGAGAGAGGCUGCCUGCUCCCCAGACCGCCCUGUUUGGGGCUGUGUCCUUAGAAGCACCCCAAUAAGGGGGGGGUGCUCUGCUCUGGGAAGGCUGCAGCCCCCACCCUUGGGAAGAGAAGCUGCCCUCUAUUCCCACAAUGCCCCCCUCCUGCCAGCAGACCAGUGAGGCUGCAGCCUCCUAACGCAAGGGGGGGGUUGCUGAUUGGGGAUCCUGCAAGGUCCCUUCCCCCCUUCCUCUGCUGACCCAAGCAGGGUCUUUUAUUCUCUCCUCUGCCCCCCGGCUGACCUUCCACAGGGCAGCCCCGGUCCCUGCACAGGCAGCUUGCAAACCUGGAUACAGUGUUCCUAUCUCACCUCACCCCUUUCCUCAAUAACGUGUGCUGGGGGCAGGAUUUGCCCCUGCCUCUUCCAUCCCCAUCCCCUGCUGUAAAAGAACAUCCUCCUACUCCUUAGGGGCUGCUUCCGGCUAAAGACCCUCUUUUCUUAGGGACUCCCUUCUCCAAAGCACUUUCUGCACACUUUGGGCUUUUGUUGCCACCCUUGUGGGCUCCCUCAUCUGGUCAGCCAGAUGCUGGACUGGAUGGGUCAUGGGCCUCCUUAGGAAAAUGGGCUGGCCUCUAAGAAUUGCUGGCGAGAUCCAAGCAAAGGAUCAGGUGUAUGGGAAAGGGGGUUGUUUAAUCCUAAAGAUUCCACCUAAACAUUAGGAAGAACUUCCUGACAGUAAGAGCUGUUCGGCAGUGGAAUUUGCUACCAAGGAGUGUGGUGGAGUCUCCUUCUUUGGAGAUCUUUAAGCAGAGGCUUGACAGGCAUAUGUCAAGAAUGCUUUGAUGGUGUUUCCUGCUUGGCAGGGGGUUGGACUGGAUGGCCCUUGUGGUCUCUUCCAACUCUAUGAUUAUUGUUGUUGUUAUCAAUAUCAAUAUUAAGUUACAGGUUGGUCUGCCGUAGUCAAAACAAAACAAAACAAUUCCUUCCAGUAGCACCUUAGAGACCAACUAAGUUUGUCAUUGGUAUUGGCUUUCAUGCUACUGGAAGGAAUUUUUUUUAUUUUGUUAUACAAUUUUUCUGUUGGUCCAGGAAGGGAGAGAGCAAGCAAAGGGAAAGGCGCUCGCAGCUCAGCCCAGCGCAGCACAGCACAGUCCCUGUCCCCCCCAGUAGGAAGCCAGGAGUAGCGAAGAAUGGAGUGGCUUAUAUUCAUUUUUUCCCCUUCCUUUUUUCCCUUUUCCCUCCUCCAAUUUUAAAGGUGCGGCUUACAUUCGGGCCAAUACGGUAAUAUAAAAACACAAAAUACAUUCUAAAAACAAAAAUGAGCAACCCAAUAACCCUUCAACACAUUUUAAAAGGGCAUAAUUAGGUGGAGGAGGGAAUUUUCAGAGGUGGGCUGUGAGAGGCAGGUGGGGCUCUUUUUGCUCAAGGGAGGGGGAAGUGAAGCUAAAUGCAAAGGGCAAGGGAUGAAGCCCCCCCCCACACACAUGCACACACAUACAUGCAGAAUCAGGCCUGCAGUCUCCUUUGCUUCACCAGCUGCUCCCAUUUUAUGUCUGUGACAGAAUCGGAUCAAUAAA